AAACAAGAAGUCAACCUGUUCCUGGGUGUGUAUCUCGCGAGAUCCAGAAAGACGCUGAUCCGAUUGGCUGUUUCAUGUACCAUUUAAAACAGAUGAAUGUGGAUGUAAGAAUUGAAAGGGUUCUCGUUCAAAUCAGCUGAGUUUGGCUCAUCAGAAUCAACGAAGGAUUGUACCCGCGGAAAUCCGACGAAAGAACAGAAGUACAAAUACAUUUUGAGCACUCAGAUGGCUCGGCUGAUGAUGGGCCUAAUACUGCUGCUGGCCUCCCGGUGUGGUCCAGUGAGCGGUUUAUUUGACUGGUUGAAGCAGACGCAGCCAGGGGCUCCAGCCCUCGCCCCUUCACUGGUCCCUGGACUACCUGAGGGAGAUGCCCAACCGUUCGAGAUGACGGUAGCCGAUGAAAAGUUCCUAGCAGAGGCAAAAAAUAUGGAGCUCAGCCCGUUGGACAGCUGUCAUUACCGGGUGGUUGCCCAGCUGAAGUCUACCUGCGCUAGCCUAUCAGAGGAGCAGCUGGCCAAACUGGGCGUUGUCCUGUUCAACUGCCAGGCAGAGGUGGAGGGGCGUAGGACGUACCCCUGCACUGAGGACAUGUCCCUAAAGCAGUGCACAGCAGACAUGGACUCAGACACGUGGAAUGCUUACCACAUAGUCAGCAACCGGGCACGCUCAGUGUGUUACGCCACCCGUCAGCAGCACUUCCGCCGCAGGGCCGAGCUCACCAUCAACGCGCUGAUCUCUACAGCAACAAGCCAACUGGACGCAAUGAAGGACCUGAAGGAGGGUCAGCUGGAGCUGAAGGAUCUGACUUCGGCCUCCCUGGAGAGGCUGCUGGAGGGUUACAGUGCCCUGGUGGCCCAGCAGGGGGCACUGUGGGAGGGCCAGGAGCAGCUGGAGACCUCGCUCUCGUCUAACCUGGAGCGUCUGGGCCAGGAGAAGGCCCUCAUUGCCUCAGGACAGGAACUGGUGGCCCAGCUCAUCCAGGGAAUCACACACAGGAUGGAGAAUGUUAGUGAGCAGCUAAAGGAUCAAGGGUCAGAGGUGCAGGAGGGUCACAAGGCCAUUCUGAAUGACCUUGCUGAGGUCAGUGGGCGCGCAAAGGACAUCUAUAGCAAAAUAGACCACAGUAUGUCUGGGUUCCUGCAGUAUCAGAAACUGACAGCUCAGUACUACAUGGAUCUCAUGGGAAAACUGGAACGCAUGAAUGGAACCCUGGGAACCAUGCUGUGUUACCUUGACAACAUGCAGCGUUGUCUUGAAGAGAGGCUUCAUAUUAUCCAGGGUUACCUGGGCUGGGCAGGUCUAAGCCUGGCUGCGGUGUGGACGUGUGUGGUGCAUGCUGGGUACUUCCUGCUGUGUGCGGUGGUACUGACGUUCCUGCGCUGUCCGUCCUUCUCCCGAGCCAUGCUGCUCUUCACGGUCCCGCUCAACGCUGUGGCUGAGGUCAACCAACAGCCUGCCCUGGACCUGCCCAGUCUCAGCAUGCUGCUGCUCACACUGUCACUCGGCUACUGGUUGGCGACGCAGGUGUUGUGGGCGUGUUCUCAGAUGAGAGGAAAGAAGAUCCCCAAUCAGAAGACCCUGGAACCAGAAAGCCACCACUACCCCCACUCCUGCGGCCCAUCCUCCUCCACCCCCCAGAGAGAUGAGCUGGAUGGUCUCAUGGAGCCAGGAGACCUGCUGGACCAGGACAGCUUCAUGACUGGUGACCCCUGCAUAGCAGCAUUUUCUUCUUCCCAUGCCCACUACAUGGCUGAGGCCAGGUUUGUGCCUGUUAUGGGCUCAAUGAACCACUCUACUCCCAGGUUCAAGUGUCAGCCUAGUCUCUCUGCGGCUGUCCUAGGUCUGCCCCAAAGGAACCUGGGAGUAAUGAUGGAUGCAGUGAGCAAAUCACGGAGCGCCAGCCCCAACCAAUCCCUGGCCAGCAACAGCUCUGUGUCUGGUCGUCAGCUGUGUAAUGGCACUACCAGGAUGGGACAUCAAUGUAAGAAGAGGGCGGUGCUGGGACAGGAGUACUGCCACGUCCAUGAGGGUGGCUAUACCUCCUACAACUGCCUCUGAACAACACCCUGGCUGUGUUCCAAAUGGUACCCUAUUCCCAAUAUAGUGCACUACUUUUGACCAGGGCUAUAGGGCUCUUCUCAAAAGUAGAGCAUUAUGUAGGGAAUAGCCAGACAUUUGAAUGCACACCCUGCUUCCCCCCUCUCUGCUACCCCCACCCCUUCCUACAUCCACCAGGGGCAAGUUCAGUAGGAGAACGUUUUGAAGUGAGAAAUCGUACCAGUAAGAACAGAUUUUUGUUGCAAAACGUUUUGCUAGUGUACCCAACUGAACACCCUCCCAGAAUGACCAGGAAGUAAUUGGGCUAUUCUCCUAUUCUUUUCACGUUUGUUUAAUCAUGCGGUUACCAUGGUUUCUCUUAUCAUCAGGGUAUCUCUGUAGUGUCUAAAGCAAUGACCAGUUGUCAUGUGUGGUAAUUUUUUAAAUUUUUAUGUCUGUGUGGAUGAAAGUGCGUGCCUGUGAUAUCCUGUAGUAGGAUACUCCCUGGCUGUAAAUGUGAAAGUAAUGUGAUAAAGCUGAUGUUACUGAAUUCUACAAGGGUUUAUGCAGGCAGGAUUGUUUGCUUUUUAUCAUGAUUUAUGGACCCUGUGUGUACAUAAUACUGACCAUUUUAUAAAUAAAAUAUAUAUAUUUUUAAA